AAAAAUUGUUCAUAUCGUAUCCACCUAAUCACGGCCGUUGGAUUAAUGCGAUAUUCAUUCACAGAAAUAUAUUGGAUUGGACGAUCCUAAUUUUUUAUUUGAUGAAACAACCAAAUCCAAAUCCAAAUCCAUGUGAUUAGAUAGAGUUUCCGAUACGCAACUCAAGUUUCUUUUUUGGUAAGCACCGCUUACAAGCCCUAUAUAUAUAUACUCUUGCUCAUUAUCUCUUUCAUAUUUCGAUUUCGACAUACACUGAAACCCUAGCCACAUGAUGAUCAAGAACGAAGAGAAGAUGAGAGUAAGGAUUGCGAAGGAGAGAUCUGACUUAUGCGACUGGACUGCUGCUGCAAUUAAGGCUACUUACAACACACGGAACCCAUGCGAAGUCGAGAGAUGCAUCGAUGUGUUGAAGCACUUGAAGUCUCUGUCUCUUUCCGCGAAGGAUAUAGAAUUGUCUGAAUCAAUAGUUAAGCUGGAGACUUUGAGAAGCCAUAGGAACCCUAGGAUCCGUAAGGAAGCUCAAGCCUUGUUUCAUUCAUGGUUGAAGACAUUCUACACACACGGAAGCGACAACUCUUUCGAUGUUACCAAGGCUCGUUUGAAGACGAAGAAGCAUGUUCUAACAAGGUGUUCGGAGUUGAAGAUGAAGAAAGAAGAUGAGAGAUCAUUAACUCGUGAAACAGAGAAGAUUCAAGCAAGGAACAGCUUUUUGGCGUUGAAGCAGAAAGAGGAUCAUAAAGCUAAGGCUUGUGACGAGAAAUAUGUUAAGAAAGAGACAAAGACCAAUCUAAAGCCGCUCAACGUGAAGACAAGACGUGUCGCUUUGGAGGAUGUUACGACCAAGAAGCCACGUGAAGAUGUACUAAGUUCUGGUUCAUGUAUAAAGAAGACUAAAACAGAAAAGGAGCUGAAGAAAAAGAAAGUGGAUGAGAUGGUGAAGUUGUUCGAAGCAGCAAAGAAAGCUGCUGAUGUGGCCAAUGCUAAGGGCGUUCUCUCAGGUAAAGCAGAGGCGUCUCGCUGCGUUGACGCUCUCUCGUUACUGAUGGAAAUCAAUAUUACUCCAAAACCAAAAGAACCAAGGAGGAUGAUGGAUAAGCUUGAGGGACUUACAAAACAUAAAGACCGCAAGAUUUGCCAUGCUGCAUCAGCCCUUCUUCACCUUUGGAGACAGAGAAUCAGAGAACAAGAACGUAAAGAGUCAUCUACCAAGACGUUUGCUAACAACUUUCGUAAAUCUCAUUAGAUAUGUGCGGUCUAGUCAUUUGUACGCAUUGUAUUGUUGAGUGAUGAGCAAGUAUACUAGUGGAUUUCCGGGAUGUUAAUUACAUCAUCCCGGCGAGAUGUAGGGUUCCACAUUGGAACCUGAACUCGUAAAACUCUUUGUGUCUUUUACUUUUCUCUGCUUUGUUUUGUUACACACGAGAGAGAUCGAGAGAGAAAGAAGUAGAGAACCAAUCAUGAUGAGUGUCUCCAAAACAAUCGUUCACAUAUACGAAGUUCAGAUUAUAAACCUCGCAAUAGGGUUAAGGAUUUUUAAA